GUCACGCCGAGGAGAACAAUUAACGCAGGCAGCGUCCGCGCCAACAUGUCCGCGUUGGGUGAUUAAAUUAUUAUUAUCAGGCCGCAAAGCUUUUCAUGCUUCGCAUCACACAAGAAUAAUAUUGCAUCGGACGGGAUGCGCAUGUCACCAGCCGCUUUUUGACACAUCUCACCUUUAACUCUCGCCCCGCCCCCCCCCGAGCUGGCUUUCCCAAGCCGGGCAAGUGUGGCUCACUGAGCCGUUCGUCGCUACGGCAAUGGGACUUUGCCAAAGGCAGAACGUGUUUGCGCGUUCCAGGAAAAGUUUGCUUUGGACCGCGCUGGUGGUGCUCUGGCUCUGCGCGCCCGCCGACGGAACCUGGAAGGCUGGACUUUACAAAAGCAGAGAGCAAGCUGCAGCCUCGCAUACGUCCGUCUAUCAAAAAAGAAACUGGUGUCCGCACACAGUCACGAGGACCGUGAGUUGCCAGGUGCAGAACGGGACCGUCGUGCAGCGAGUGUACCAGACGUGCCGCUGGCCGCAGGGAUGUACAGGUGGCAGCUACAGGACUGUCGUCAGACCUUCCUAUAAAACGGUGUACCGGACUGUGACCUCACUGGAGUGGAAAUGCUGUCCGGGAUUCAGCGGGACCGCCUGUGAAGACGAUGCUGGGAAAAAGGGGGCUCAAGAGGCGGUAAGGAAAGCGUCCACGCUGCGUCGCCCACCUGCACGCGUAGGGGAGACCCUUUCAUCCUGUCUCAACUGCAGUCGUAUGACGGCAAUGAAUGACAGGCUGAGCUCGCUCGAAGCAAAAGUCCAGUUACUCACAGCCUUGCCCUCCAUAUCCCAGCGGUCUAGAGGGAAAGUUACACCUGAGAGCGCCUUACUGUUGGGGGCUGCCGGUGAGCGUGGACCUCCCGGUCCUCAGGGUGAAAAGGGCCACGAUGGUCUUCCAGGCACAGAUGGGAAAGCGGGAUCUCGAGGCUUGCCGGGCCCCGUUGGACCUCGGGGUGAAGCGGGCGCAAGGGGGCCAGCCGGAAGCCCCGGUUUGAAGGGAACCUCGGGACCCGCAGGCCCCCGGGGCCCCCCAGGACUCCCAGGAGAGAGGGGCCUACCAGGUCCUCCCGGGCCUCCGGGACCGUCUGCCCACGUCGGUGCCCGCAUCCCAGCGCCAGACAAUCGAGGAAAGGACCCCUUCUUCACCAACACUUUCCAUGAUUCCACACCAGGACCUCAGGGUCCUCCUGGACCAAUUGGUCCCACAGGUCCAAAAGGCCCACCGGGACCUCCUGGGCCGCAGGGACAGAACGGCAAACCUGGCACGCAUGGAGCCCAGGGUCCAAUGGGCCCAAAGGGAGAGCGCGGGGAAAGAGGUCCAUCGGGUUACCCAGGAGAUAGGGGCUUCAGGGGCGAGCCGGGAUCACCAGGUCCCAAAGGAGAGCCUGGAGAGAAGGGCUUACCGGACUUUAGCUUGCAGAUGUUCCGCGACUUGCAGGCUGAUCUCGAGCUUCUGGCUCGUAGGGUGACGCUGCUGGAGGCUAUCAUCUGGCCAGAACCUGAUCUAGCUUCUGGGGACGGACCCUUUGGCACAGUCUCCCCUAGUUUCUACAGAGAUAAGCGCGCAGGUGCGCUUCCAUAUCGACUCGCUUCUCCCCUGUCCUCCGACACCAAGGUCCGAGAGAAGUAACACCACCCCCCACCCCUGAGGACUGCAGUUUGGGUUGGCUUCCCUUCCUUUAGGUCGCAUCAGGACUCCGCACGUAUUUGUUUAGCCUUAUUGAGGGAGCUCUCCUGUCAAGAUUUAGGUUGGGGGGGGACACCUCAGGGAAAUGCCAAUGAUACUCCACCAUGUCCUCCUGCACCUGUGACAACUUGUUUGACCCCAACCCCCCCACCUCACACCACCUCUUCCAGCUGUAACUUUGCAGCUCUCACACAUUUGACAAAAGGAAGCUCUGAAUCACCUGUGGUGCUCCUCGGCUCGCGUGUCUGGGCAAUCAGGGUCAAUUGAUAGAGAUGGAACAGAAGAGACUGGAAUCGCUUUUGUAAUUCUUUCUCAGUGUAACAGCAAUGCCGUGGUAUCCCGUUAUUUAAGUACAGCGAAGAAAAUAAGUAUUUGAACACCCUGCUAUAUUGCAAGUUCUCCCACAUAGAAAUCAUGGAGGAGUUUGAAAUUUUUGUGGUAGGUGCAUGUCCACUGUGACAAAGAAUCUAAAAAAAGAAAAAUCCAGACAUCACAAUGUAUGAUUUUUUUUAAUGAUUUAUUUGUGUGAUACAGCUACAAAUAAUUAUUUGAACACCUGUUUAUCAGCUAGAAUUCUGUCCCUCAAAGACCUGUUAGUCCGCCUUUAAAAGUCCACCUCCACUCCAUAUAUUAUCCUAAAUCAGAUGCGCCUGUGUGAGGUCGUUGGCUGCAGAAAGACAGCUGUCCACCCCAUACAAUCAGGAAGACUCAAACUUGGAACAUGGCCAAGACCAGAGAGCUAUCCAAAGACACCAGAGACAAAAUUGUACAACUCCACACGGCUGGAAAGGGCUACGGAGAAAUUGCCAAGCAGCUUGGUGCGAAAAAAGGUCCACUGUUGGAGCAGUCGUUAGAAAAUGCAAGAAGCUAAACAUGGUUCUAAACAUCAAUCGUAGUGGAGCCCCCAUCCAAGAUAUCACCUUGUGGGGUCUCAAUGAUCCUUAGAAAGGUUGAGGAAUCAGCCCAGGACUACACAAGGUGAUUGUUGGUAAUACACUAAGACGUCAUGUCAUGGUUUGAAAUCACGCAUGGCAGCGAAGGUUCCCCUGCUUAAACCGGCACACGUCAAGGCCCAUCUUAAGUUUGCCAAUGACAAUUUGGGUGAUACAGAGGAGUCAUGGGAGAAAGUUUUGGGGUCAGAUGAACAUUUUGGUUAUAAUUCCACUAACUGUGUUUGGAGGAAGACGAAUGAUAAGUUCCAUCCCAAGAACACCAUCCCUACUGUGAAACAUGGGGGUUGGUAGCAUCAUGCUUUGAGGGUGUUUUUCUGCACAUGGGACAGGACGACUGCGGCCAUGUAUUGUGAGAUUUUGGGGAACAACCUCUUUCCCCUCAGUCAGAGUAUUGAGGAUAGGUCGAGGGUGGGUCUUUCAACAUGACAAUGACCCAAAACACACAGCCAGGAAAACCAAGGAGUGGCUCCGUAUGAAGCAUAUGAAGGUUCUGGCAUGGCCUAGCCAGUCUCCAGACCUAAACCCCAAUAGAAAAUCUUUGGAGGGAGCUGAAACUUUGUGUUUCUCAGCGACAGUGCCAAAAACCUGUCUGAUCUAGAGAAGAUCUGUGUCUGUGUGGAGGAGUGGGCCAAAAUCCCUCCUGCAGUGUGUGCAAACCUGGUGAACAACUACAGGAAACGUUUAAUUUCUGUAAUUGCAAACAAAGGCUACUGUACCAAAUAUUAACAUUGGUUUUCUCAGUUGUUCACAUACUUAUUUGCAGCUGUAUCACACAAAUCAUACAUUGUGAUUUCUGGAUUUUUCUUUUUAGAUGAUCUCUCUCACAGUGGACAUGCACCUACUAUGAAAAUUUCAGACCCCUCCAUGAUUUCUAAGUGGGAGAACUUGCAAUGUAGCAGGGUGUUCAAAUACUUAUUUUCUUCACUGUAUAUCGAGCAUGUACAAUUUGCAGAACAAACUUCUAUUAAUUUUGCUAUAUCGCUUAUAUUGUAAACUCAAUGUUACGUAGUGCACUAAAAAAAAAAAAAAAACGUCAUCACUACUCUAAGUGAGAAGUCUUGCUAUACGUGUGACGUAUUCCGAGUAAAAUACACACUGAUAAAGUGAUCAAAUAUACGACAACAUAUUUACUUUUUUUUUUGCUUAUCCUAUGAUCCAGUGGAUUUCAUUUCAUUCUGAAAAAAAUUUUCAACGCAGGAAAUUGGAUAACUGGAACCCCUGUCACAUUGGUGCUGUCCUUAUAGAAGACUUUUUUUUUUUUUUUCUCUCCAUCGUAAAUCAAAUGUUUUGUCAAGUAUUUAAAAUCGCCUACGGUAGUUUUUCUUUUGUAUGCUGUCGUAUAACCACUUUCCUAUUUUGAAUUUUUUUUUUUUAUUUCCUGCAAAUGUGUUAGUGUUUAUAUAAUCUCUGUCUCCUGAUGAUCGCUGUAAUAAAACGAUGUUCACUGUUUUGAAAACGUUACAUCACAUUGUGUCGCCCAUAUUGCUCGCGUCGCCUUGUAUUUGGAGACAUUCACUCAAAUAGGAAUGGGCAUAACUGGCAAUUCAUGAAUGAAUUAAUAUUUUUAUCAUGUUGAUCGUGGGGAAGUGAUAAAAACCCUCUCAACUAAUUUAUCUGUUUCCCAGCUGACACAAGAAUCGACUUCAGACUCAUGAUUAAGACUCACUAGCGGUUGAAUUUUUGUACAUUUAUCAUUAAGAUGGACGUGUGCAUGUCAUAGGAAAUAUGGAUUCUGCAUGGGAACUCAAGCAAUCAAGGCCAAGUGGUCUAGGCUCAGUCUUUACUCGUUUGUGGUCUCAAAACGGUAAACGACGACAUGAAGUUGAUGUGCAUCCAUUUUGUAUUUUCGGCAGUUUUGGCUUCAAACGUGGCAACGGCGUACAAACAUUCAGAUUUUAAAAUUGCGUUCAAAUUUAGAAAAUAAUCCAUUGAUGAAGUGAUCUUUAAUUUUCUUUGUGCAUGAAUGAAAUGUACGGGAGUCACGAGUGCUAUCCCGAGUCUAAAACAAUGUUCAAUAAAAAGAUUAAACUUUGGGUGGGCAGAGGUGUAAUGGGAUGAUGAAGCGCUGUAGAAUUGAAUGACUUCUUCUUUUCCUUUCGGCUUAUCCCAAUUCGGGGUCGCCAGAGCGUGCCAUCUUUUUCCAUCUAAGCCUAUCUCGUGCAUCUUCCUCUUUAACACCCACAGUCCUCAUGUCCUCCCUUACCACAUCCAUCGACCUUUCCUUUGGUCUUCCUCUACCUCUUUUGCCUGGCUGCCCCAUCCUCAGCACCCUUCUACCAAUAUACUCCCUCUCUCGCCUCUGGACAUGUCCAAACCAUCAAAGUCGGCUCUCUCGAACCUUGUCUCCAAAACAUCCAACUUUCCCUGUCCCUCUAACAAGCUCAUUUCUAAUCUUAUUCAACCUGCUCGCUCCGAGCGAGAACCUCAACAUCUUCAUUUCUGCUACCUCAUGUUCUGCUUCUUGUUGUUUCUUCAGUGCCACCAUCUCUAAACCGUACAUCAUGGCCAGCCUCACCACUGUCUUAUAAAUUUUGCCCUUCAUCCUAGCGGAGACUCUUCUGUCACGUAACACACCAGACACCUUCCGCCAGAUGUUCCAACCUGCUUGGACCCGUUUCUUCACUUCUUUACCACACUCUCCAUUGUUCUGUAUUGUUGACCCCAAGUAGUCGUCCACCAUCGUUAUCUCUUUUCCUAGUAGCCUCAUUCUUCCCCACCGCCCCUCACAUUCACGCGCAUAUAUUCUGUUUUACUUUCCUUUCUUUUCCAGUGCAUGCUUCCAUCUUUCUAAUUGUUCCUCCGCCUGCUCCCUGUUUUCACUGCAGAUCAAAAUAUUAUCUGCGAACAUCAUAGUCCAAGAGGAUUCCAGUCUAACCUCAUCUGUCAGCCUAUCCAUUACUACCACAAACAGAAAGGGGCUCAGCGCGGAUCCCUGAUGCACUCCUACCGCCACCUUAAAUUCUUCUGUCACACCUACGGCACAGCUCGCCACUGUUCUGCUGCCCUCAUACAAGUCCCGUACUAUUCUCACAUAUUUCUCUGCCACACCAGAUUUCCGUUUCCGUUCAGUUCCUCAGAAUUGAACAUGACUAAUAAUGAUAAAUAGUAUAAUAAAACGGUAACAGUGUUUCAGGCUCCACAUCAGGUGUAG